UGUUCCCCACGAGCGCCUGUGCGGCGGGUCCCUCUCCUGGUGGGGGGGUGUCUCCACCUGUGGUCGCCGCCGGGGUUAGCAGCCACCCCCACGGCUGGCUCCGUGGCCACCUGGUAAUUACUUCCCCCCAGGAAAAGUGUCCGACCGCUAACCCUUCAUUUCCCAGAGCUCCGCGCCACCGUGAGCCAAAAAUUCCUUUCGGGCUCUUCCUUUCCUCCCCCCAAAUCUGCGCGGCCCCUGCCCGCGAAGGGCACUGAGAUCAGAACAGGCGGCCGCCGCCGAGGGAGGGGAAGAAAGCUCCCCGUGAGUGACUAGUCGGCAGGAGGAGGGACCUUGGUCGCUGGUUGGCGGGGGACCCCAACUCUGGCGAUCAAAUGGCCCAACUGAGAACCCAGCGGCGCCGGUAGUCCUCCAGUGGCCCAACCCUGACUAGUGGCCAGAUGCACCAGCCAGGGCGCAGGCUCUUGGGGAUUUAGCAGUGGCAGAGGAAGAACACUGACUAGGAAAGGACCCGGGGCUGUGUGGCUUUGGGCCGGUGGCUGGCAGUGGCUGUGAAAGGGAGGGGCUCAUCUGCCAACAGUGAUGCCCAGCCCUUGAUGUAACUUGAGCCACCUUCUCUAAACAAGAUGGCAUUGGGGAAACUGGCCUAGUUCCUGAACCCAUGAGGGGUGAGACCCCUUCUGGUCCAAAGAUGAGAAACAUCACUGUGGAUAACUCCUCGCUGAGCUGCACCAUUGACCACACCAUCCACCAGACGCUGGCCCCGGUGGUCUACAUCACGGUGCUGGUGGUCGGCUUCCCGGCCAACUGCCUGUCCCUCUACUUCGGCUACCUGCAGAUCAAGGCCCGGAACGAGCUGGGCGUGUACCUGUGCAACCUGACGGUGGCAGACCUCUUCUACAUCUGCUCGCUCCCCUUCUGGCUGCAGUACGUGCUGCAGCAUGACCACUGGUCUCACGGGGACCUGUCCUGCCAGGUGUGCGGCAUCCUCCUGUACGAGAACAUCUACAUCAGCGUGGGCUUCCUCUGCUGCAUCUCCAUCGACCGCUACCUGGCCGUGGCCCACCCCUUCCGCUUCCACCAGUUUCGCACGCUGAAGGCGGCCGUGGGCGUCAGUGUGGUCAUCUGGGCCAAGGAGCUGCUGACCAGCGUCUACUUCCUCAUGCACAAGGAGGUGAUCGAGGACGAGGACCGGCACCGCGUCUGCUUUGAGCACUACCCGAUCGCGGCCUGGCAGCGCAGCAUCAACUACUACCGCUUCCUGGUGGGCUUCCUCUUCCCCAUCUGCCUGCUCUUGGCCUCCUACCAGGGCAUCCUGCGGGCCGUGCGCCGGAGCCACGGCACCCAGAAGAGCCGCAAGGACCAGAUCCAGCGGCUGGUGCUCAGCACCGUGGUCAUCUUCCUGGCCUGCUUCCUGCCCUACCACGUGCUGCUGCUGGUGCGCAGCCUCUGGGAGGCCAGCUGCGAGUUCGCCAAGAGCAUCUUCAACGCCUACCACUUCUCCCUGCUCCUCACCAGCUUCAACUGCGUGGCGGACCCCGUGCUGUACUGCUUCGUCAGCGAGACCACCCACAGGGACCUGGCCCGCCUCCGAGGAGCCUGCCUGGCCUUCCUCACCUGCUCCAGGACCAGCCGGGCCAGGGAGGCCUACCCGCUGGGCGCCCCGGAGGCCUCUGGGAAAAGCGGGGCCCAGGGUGAGGAGCCUGAGUUGUUAACCAAGCUCCACUCGGCCUUUCAGAGCCCCAACUUGCCCAGAGUGGGAGGGUCCCCCACGGGCGGGCUGGCCUAGCCGGGUCACCCACGUAGGGGCUACAUGAGCCCGGAGCCUUUAGCCCAGGGGCCUGUGGUCCUGAGCUUGCUCGCAGGCCGCCUCCGCUUCCACAUGCAGGUGCCUCUUUCUGCUGGGGGGAAUGGUGGGCCUGGGCCGCAGCCCCGAAGCCUGCUCUAGCUGGCCGAGCCCAGGGGCCCUGUUGAGUGUGGGAAUAAGCCCCCUCUGCCCCUGGCCGGAGCCGCUGGGGGGAGCAGGACAGUGAACGGUCACUUCCAGGUUUGCCAAGAGCAGUUGGCAUGGGGGUGUGGAGUGUGAGGACAUGGAGAGUGAGAACCUGGGAGGGGACAGUGGGGACCUGGGUCUUCCAGGGCCACUGUUUUCACAGAUGAUACCUGUCCAAAUGUACCGCUGUUACCUGAUGACAGGACACACAAAGCUGUGUUGUCACCAUUAACACUUAAGGCCCACUGCUCAAUGGGGUGGGCAGGGAAGUCUGGGAGGGGAGAAGGAAGGUGGGGAGGCAUCGGAGGCCACGAGGUGGACGUAGGGACGGUAGGGAAGUCACAGGCAGGGGAGAAUCCCCAGCUCCAGCCACCCCAUGCCUUUACAGGGACGGUCGAGCAGAUUGCUCAGGCCUGCAGGACACACUCCAGGGCUCCCCAGAGAGAUGCCCGGGGCCUCCAAAUAGUCAGAACUGAAGCUCAGGUGUGGGAGCUGGGCCUGAAGCCAGAGCGUCCUCAACAAGUUCCUGACACACAUUCCUCCUAAUUAGCUUUCUGUGUCCAUCUGCCCAGAAGUGCCAGGUCAGGAGUCCAGGGUGCAGAGAGAAGAGUUAAAAUGCCAGGGUCUUCACGACAGUUAUAUGUCAAGACACACAGCUGAGGUUGGGCUCAUGGGACUGCUAAUGGUGUCCCCUUCCCUGCCACACAUACUGUAGAGUGUCCAGCAGUCUCAGGUAGGUGGGCAGCACUUUCUCAGAGUUCUACAACAACCACCCCACACACCUCUCAGCCACAGGCCUGGGGCAGAUCUCCACUCUGGUCUAAAUGGCUCCUUCGACCAGGAAGAGAGGUGGCCUGGAGCUCACCAUGCCUGUUCUCCACCCCUGAUCCUCUCCCAGGUGUCCCAUCUCAUCUACCUGGAGAGGACAGUGGGCCCUCAGGACUACACAGUCCAGGGCACUGAUCAUCCUUUUCUGUCCUGGAGGGCUGGGUACAGGGCUCGUCUCUCCUGCAGCUUUACACUGGCCAUUUUGGGGUGUCCCUCCCACCCCUAGCCUUUGUGGUCCUGCGCUUGCAGAUUUCACCUGUUCACUUCUGCUCCCUGAGUGCCCCACCCCCCACCAUUAAAGGUCUUUGGAGAACAUCUGGGAGGAGUCCCAUGACCAGCCUCACCCCCAGGGACAUGGCUUCUGCAAUGUGCCAAACACAGCCCUGCCCAGGUGAACAAACCAAGGGCCAGAAGAGCCACUUGCUGCCCCCAGGAGACCUGGUUGGGGGUCCAAGACCAGCUCUCCCUUCCCAGGGCAUGGGCUUUGAAUCCCUUGAAACCAAGAGGCUCAGUAGGCUGAAUCCUGGACUAGAACCAGGGGCAGGAAGUAGGUAGAAGUUUUCUGGAAUCAGAAGAAUCAGUAGAUUAUUUCUGGAAUCUUCUACAGGGUGGGGGAGAACAGCGGAAAUGCCAUCCUCAAGCUUCCUCCCUCUUCUCCCCAGUCUCCAAGAGGUUGAUCCUCUACCCUGUGUUUCCUAACCCUCUGUGUUAGUCAGCUUUUCGUGUCUGUGACUAGAAUAACCAGCUAGAGCAACUUAGAGGAGGAGGAAAAGCUUAUCUGGGGUUUCCAGUUUCUGAGGUCUCAGUCCAUAGACGGCCAACCCCAUUGCUCUGGGCCUAAGGCAAAGCAGCACACCAUGCGGGAAGGACCCAGCCGCAGAAAGCUGCUCCCCUCCUGGUGGAGUCAGGAAGCAGAGACAGAGAGCAAGGAGGGAGGAGUCUCAGGGACCAUGCACCCUUCCAGGACGCGUCCCCAGUGACCCACCUCCUCCAGCCGAGCCCUACGCCCCAGUCAGCAGUCAGUCAGUCCAUUCAAACUAGGAUGGACGGACUAGAGUCUAGCCCUCAUAAUCUAAUCAGUUUCCCUCUGAAUAUUCCUGCAUUUACAGGUGCCUUUGGGGGACACCUUGUAUUCAAACCAUAACACCUUCUACCAGAGGUACCCAGAGGCAGAUAGCCCGUGAUGGAUGUGCCCCAGGGAAAGGUGGUGACUGUGGUCCCAGAGCUGCACUUGGCUUUGACUGGGCAGCCCCUGCUCCAGCUCCUUGUGGAGGACCUCCAAAGACCCGGGAGGUCCUCUUCCCCUUCCUGAAGGAGGAAGGGACCAGGUUUAAUGGUGACAGAAAUACCUGCACAGCCAGGAAGAGCCCAGCCCAGGAUCUUUCUGGGGCAAUGGCAUCAGUUGAUCUCUCCUGGGCCCUUUGUCCACUGGCAUGGACUGGGAUGGACUGAGGGCUGUUCUGUUUACCAUCAAGAGUUGUAUUUUUGUAUCAUCCUCUCUUUUAUGCCAAUUACCUGUGUGUUGGAUGGUGUGGUGGAUUUAUGUAGCAUUCAGUCUGUAAAUAAAGCAAAGUAACCAGGA